UUAAGCCGGUUUGUUCUGGUUUGAGAAAAAAACGAGGAGAUGAUCAUGUGACAAAAAACUGAAGUUUCGUAACAACUGGCUUCUCGUCUGACAAACAAAGAGAAAAGCAAACACAAUGAGGCUGGUGAUUCUGGACGACUAUGACCUGGCCAGUGAGUGGGCGGCGAAAUACAUCCGCAACAAAAUUAUCCAGUUCAAACCCUGCGCUGAGAGAUACUUCACUCUGGGCUUACCCACAGGGAGCACUCCGUUCAGCUGUUACCAGAAGUUAAUAGAAUAUUACAGGAAUGGAGAUAUUUCGUUCAAAUAUGUGAAAACCUUUAACAUGGAUGAAUAUGUAGGUCUACCUCGUGCUCACCCAGAGAGCUAUCACUCCUACAUGUGGAACAACUUCUUCAAGCAUAUCGACAUCGAUCCAGCCAACGCUCACGUCCUGGACGGAAACGCAGACGACCUGGAGGCAGAGUGUGAAGCCUACGAGCAGAAGAUUGCAGAGGCCGGCGGGAUCGAGCUGUUUGUUGGAGGAAUCGGCCCGGACGGUCACAUAGCGUUCAACGAGCCGGGCUCCAGCCUCGUCUCCAGGACCAGAGUGAAAAUGCUCGCUAAGGACACCAUCGUGGCCAACGCUCGAUUCUUUGGCAACGACCUGCUCAAGGUUCCCACCAUGGCUCUGACUGUGGGCGUAGGAACUGUCAUGGAUUCCAAGGAGGUGAUGAUUCUGAUCACAGGCGCUCACAAAGCCUUCGCUCUGUAUAAAGCCAUAGAGGAGGGGGUGAACCACAUGUGGACCGUGUCGGCCUUCCAGCAGCACCCGCGCACCAUCUUUGUCUGUGACGAAGACGCCACGCUGGAGUUACGAGUCAAAACGGUCAAAUACUUCAAAGGUUUGAUGCAUGUUCAUAACAAACUGGUGGACCCGGUGCUCAGCAUCAAGGAAAAGUAGAACUGAGAAGAUGACCGCCGAAGAGAGCUGAGGAUGGUCAGAGAUCCGACAUGAAUGGUACUGUUGUUCACCUGAGCUGUUUUCUGACCCUCGCCUGCAGAUUUGAAGUGCAGUGAGAAUAUCAUUCAGGUCAUUAAUGUGACAGAAAUAAUCAGGUACGUUGCAUUUAAGAUGUGAGAGCUUCUUUGCUUUUUGGAGGUUUUCCCUCUGAGGUUCUUUCUUAAAGGGACAGUAACAGUUAAAAUGUUAAACUCACUGCUGUGGGUCUGGGUCUUUAUCGAGAUGGGAUACAUAAAAAGGUUCAUGUCUUUCUUUUUCUUUAUAAACUCAGACUGUCUCUGAUUUAUGUGAAUGAAAUGGUAAAUAAUGUAUCUUCAUGUUAGCUUUCAUCAGUUAUUCAUGAUCCCUCAAUGAGUGGUAAGUGAUCAGCAAGAGUAAGUAACUCCUCCCCAUCUUCUCUGGAAACUACACACACAUGGAUGUAAAAGAGACCGAUGAGUUUAGUCAAACUUUCAGUCUUUACACGUUUGUAUCCAGUUAAUGUGAACGAUGGGUUCUCUCACUGUUACAUUGAAAAAGCCACAGUCCACUACUGCAGACUUCUCAUUUUGUUUAAAAGUGGAUUCCUGUCAUUUUAAACCUGGGCCUUUUUGUUUUGAGGCCCUCAUGUGUACCGUCUCUAUGUCAUCCUAGUGCAGAAUAUAAAGAAAAAGGGCUUAAAAUAUCAACUGCCUUGUAAAAUUGUUGUUUUUUUCAACCAAUUGAAAACAUAUUUUCAAUUUAAUCCAGUUUAAAAUCCAGUCCUCUGCUGGGAUCAGGAUGAUCCAGACUUUUUUUUUUUCAGCAAAGAAAUCCAAAUCCUGCUCUCAAAAUUUUUGAAAUCAGAUUUUUUGAUCGUAUCUGAUUAUGUAACCCGUUCGUUACAUUUGAACAACGAGAUUUAAAGAUUGAAUCCAGUUAGAAAACUUUUAAACAACCAGACUCUGGAUUUUCUCAGAUUGCAUGAGCGUGCCGUUGUUUAUGAAGGGAGACGUUGAUCUGUGUCUCUAGUGUCAGAUGUUAAUGUCGAUCUUCCUCUUACUGGAUGCUGUGAAUACUUUACAAAAACAGCUGAUGUCAUUUUUGUCUCAACUCCAUUCAGAGAAACCUCAUUAAAACUUUGAGUUUGGAUGAUUUAGUUACACAAACGAACCCGAGGGUCAAAAACAGGAACUUCAACCCUCAACACACUCUUGCAUUUAGUUUUUGAGCGUCAGCACGAAGCGAUCAGAUCUUUAUAACUCACUCCACUGACUGUGACCUCUCUGAAGUUCCUCUCAUGCGUCAGUAUUCAAACUCAGGAUGUAUCUGUUCACAGUCUCUUUUUUUAAAGAACAUCUGUAUCUUUUUUUUUUUUUUUAGAUGUAAAGUUGUGACAACAUUCCUCUGUUUGUCUCUGAAGUCACUCCUCCUUAUCACGCUGUUACACUUCUUACUUCUCAGUGUUUCUGCACACAAACUGUACUUUCUACGUCUUUGUUUUGUAAUGACAAUAAAUGGCUUUACUACGA